AUGGAAAAGCUCAGGACAACACUGAUGAGGCUGGAUAUGCUACGAGACGCUGUCUACGACGCUGAAAAUUUGUUUGACCAAAUCGAUUUGUUUCAGUAUCAAAUCCAAAUUGCUGCUAAGCAGGUGCUGAAAAACUUUUCUUCCCUUUUCAAACGGUUCUAUAGAUUGAUUAAUUCGAAAUUGCAUAAAUUAAUUGAGAAAUUACAAGUAUUGAGUUUCAGAGAACAAAUUUAUGAAAAUCCUACAGGUUCUAUUUUGGAGGAUGAAUCUUGUAUUUAUGGACGAGAAACUGAUAUUGAGAAACUUAUACAUCUUUUGUUGUCUAGUAGUGAUGGUGAUAGUAAAAUAAAAAUGAUUUCCAUUGUUGGUAUGGGAGGGAUUGGUAAAACAACCCUUGCUAAACACCUUUACAAUGAUCCUCGAGUCAAGGGCCAGUUUGAGUUAAAACGGUGGGUAGAUAUCCCCACAGACAGUGUUCAUUUGAGUGUUUUUGAAAGCAUUCUUGAAUCUAUUUCACAAACAACAAAUAAUGAUACAACUGAUAGUGACACCAAUACCAUUUACCCAAAUUUUUUGCUGAUUGCUGGUCUUUAUGCACUUGGAGAAGAUAACUACCAUCAACGAUCGUAUCUAGAAAAAAUUGGCAGGGAAAUUGCAAAAAAGUGUGAUGGAUUACCAUUAGCUGCAGUAGUUCAUGGGACUCUUCUUCGCAUCUCAUCGUACCCCAAUGACUGGAAUCAAGUGCUAGAAAGUAAGAUUCGGGAUACAACUUAUGAGGUGCAAGCUUCUCUCAAAUGGAGCUACAAUUUUCUUUCUGAUCCUUUAAAACAAUGUUUUCAAUAUUGUUCAAUUUUUCCCAUGAAAUCCAUCUUAGACAAAAAGAUGGUAGUUCAAUUAUGGAUUGCAGCAGGCUUACUUGAAUCAUCGUUGUCCACAGAUCAGGAAAAAGUUGGAGAAGAAUACUUUGAUGAACUAGUGUCAAGAUCGUUGAUACUUCGGCGUUCUAUUGGGGACAAUGAAGGAAACUUUGAAAUGCACAACUUUAUCCAUGAUCUAGCCACAGAGGUUUCAUCUCCAUAUUGUAUCAAUAUGGACGAACAUAACCUAGAUGAUAGGGUGCAUACCUUAUCUUACAAUAGAGAGGCAUAUGAUUCAUACGAAAAAUUUCAUGAAUUAUGCGGAUUAAAAGGUCUGCGUACCUUUCUAGCAUUACCAUUACAAGAGCAAUUGCCUCUUUGUUUGCUAUCAAACAAGGUAGUACAUGACUUGUUGCCGACAAUGAAACAAUUACGCGUGUUAUCUCUAUCAAACUACAAGAGUAUCACUAAGGUUCCCAACUCUAUUGGAAAUUUGUUAGACCUGAGUUACUUAAAUCUUUCUCACACUAUGAUUGAAAGGUUGUCUUCUGAAACAUGCAAGCCUUACAAUCUGCAGUUCUUGUUGUUGGAAGGCUGUAAAAGGUUCACUGAAUUGCCGAAGGACAUAGGAAAAUUGGUUAAUCUAUACUACCUUGAUGUUAGUAACACCCCAUUGAAGGAGAUGCCAGAGGACAUGGGAAAAUUGGUUAAUCUACGCCACCUUGACGUUAGUGACACUGCAUUGAGGGAGAUGCCGAUUCAAAUAGCCAAACUACAAAAUCUCCAAACUCUGUCUGACUUUGUUGUUAGCAAACAUAUUGAUGGGUUGAAGCUACAAAAUGUUAAUGACUCCAUUGAAGCUUUUAAAGCCAAUAUGAAGAUGAAAGUACGAAUAGACAGAUUAGCUUUAGAAUGGGAUUGUGGUACUACUUUUUUGGAUCCACAAAAUCAAAGUAUUGUACUAGAGAAAUUGCAGCCCUCAACAAAUUUGAAACGUCUCACCAUCAAAGGCUAUGGUGGAGUCAGCAUACCAAAUUUGUUGGGUGAUUCUUUAUAUGAUAGUAUGGUGUAUUUAAGGAUCUCGAAUUGUGAUAACUGUAUUUGGCUUCCACCCCUUGGACAAUUGGGUAAUUUGAAAGAACUCAAUAUUGAUUCAAUGCAUUCAAUAAAAAGUGUCGGUAUAGAGUUCUAUGGAAGUGAUAGUUCUGCUUCAUUUCAACCAUUUCCCUCCUUGGAGACUCUCCGCUUUGAGGAUAUGCCUGAAUGGGAGGAGUGGAACGUGAUUGGAGGUCCGACAACGAAUUUUCCUAAUCUCAAACGUUUGUUACUUAGUAAGUGUCCUAAACUGCAAGGAGACAUACCUCACAAAUUUACUUCCUUAAUUGAACUUGAGUUAAGAAGGUGUCCUUUACUAGUGAACUUAAGACAUUCAUAUGAUAAUAACAAUAUCAGAGUUAUAAUUCCAAUGUCAGAUGUAGUCAACAGAUUGAUGACCCCUCUCAAUUCUCUUCAACAGUUGACCAUAGAGGACUUUCCAUCUCUAACGUCUUUCCCAACAAACGACCUACCAAAAACCUUGAAAUUUCUCAUAAUUAGUAAUUGUGAGAAUCUAGAGUUUCUACCUCAUGAAUACUUGCACAAUUACACAUCGCUUGAGGAAUUGAAAAUAUCUUAUAGUUGUAAUUCAAUGAUAUCAUUUACCUUGGGUGCUCUCCCUGUCCUCAAGAGUCUGUUUAUUGAGGGUUGUAUAAAUCUUAAAUCGAUAUUAGUUGCAAAAGAUGUGUCGCAAAAGAGUCUCUCAUUUCUUAGAAGCAUCACAAUAUGGGACUGUAAUGAACUGGAGUCUUUUUCCCCAGGUGGAUUGGCCACUCCAAAUCUCAUUUAUUUUGCAAUGUGGAAGUGUGAGAAGCUUCCUUCACUACCAAAAGCAAUGCACACUCUAACUGAACUUCGAGAAAUGGAAAUUGAUAAUCUACCAAAUCUUCAAUUAUUUGUCACGAAUGAUUUGCCUAGCAGUUUACAAGAACUGACCGUUGGUUCUUUUGGAGGGAUUAUGAAGAAUACUAGGCCAACUUGGAAAUAUCUCACCCGUCUUUUAGUGUUGCGGAUUAACAGCGAUGAUUCGGUGAACAUGCUGAUGGGGCCUUUUCUAACUGCAUCGCUUUUGACACUAUGCAUCUAUGAUCUUAAUGAUGCUAUCAUUGAUGGGAAGUGGUUUCAACAUCUAAACUCUCUCCAAAAACUUGAGAUUGUUAAUGCUCGCAAACUCAAAUCGGUUCCAAAAGAGGGAUUGCCUUCCUCUCUAUGGGCCUGUUUGUUUCAGCUUUAA